GAUGUCACCCCGGUGUAACUAUGAUAUAAGAGAAGCGCUGCUGCCUCGCUUGUUUCUCUAUUGUGAGAGCGAAACAGAGGCAGAUAAAGAGAGGACAGCACCGGAGCUGGGGGGUAAAGCACCGAUAGUGGACCAACUGGCGGGGAAGAAGCGACCCAGACAUGGGCAAGAAGGACGAGAUAGCUGUGGCCAAAGUCAAGCUUGAGCAAAACGGAGACAUUGGAUAUUCUGUCUCUUCUAGAGAGGAUAAAGAUGAAGAGAAAAAGGGGGAGAAAGAGCCAAAGAUGCCGAUGAUUGGCGCCAUAGCUCUGUUCAGGUUUGCUGAUGGUUGGGACAGGUUGAUGAUUGUGCUGGGGACCAUCAUGGCUAUGGUUAAUGGAACGGUCCUCCCUCUCAUGUGUAUCGUCUUUGGGGACAUGACUGACAGCUUCAUAGGAGACUCCAUACAGACACAGAAUAACUUCACCAACAUCACGUUCCCUGUUUCCAACACCACUCUGGGAGAGGAGAUGACGGGCCAUGCUAUCUACUACUCUAUAAUGGGUGCGGUGGUGUUGGUAGCAGCCUACAUGCAGGUGGCCUUCUGGACCCUGGCGGCAGGCAGGCAGGUCAAACGCCUCAGGAAGCUCUUCUUCCACUGCAUCAUGCAGCAGGAGAUUGGCUGGUUCGACGUCAACGAGACGGGAGAACUCAACACCCGCCUAACAGAUGACAUCUAUAAGAUCAACGAGGGGAUAGGUGACAAGGUGGGCAUGUUGAUCCAGUCCUUCACCACCUUCAUUGCUUCCUUCAUCAUCGGCUUCAGCAAAGGAUGGAAGCUCACCCUUGUCAUCCUGGCUGUCAGCCCUGUGCUGGGCUUCUCUGCUUUUAUAUUCAGCAAGGUACUGACGUCCUUCACAUCCCUGGAGCAGAGUGCUUAUGCUAAAGCUGGAGCCGUGGCUGAGGAGGUGAUCUCUUCUGUCAGGACCGUCUUCGCUUUCGGUGGACAACAGAAGGAGAUAACCAGGUACGAGAAAAACCUGGAGGAUGCUAAGAACAUGGGUAUCCGUAAAGCCAUCUCUGCUAACAUCGCCAUGGGCUUCACCUUCCUGAUGAUCUAUCUGUCCUACGCUCUGUCCUUCUGGUACGGCAGCACACUCAUCCUAUCUGGAGAAUACACCAUUGGAACUGUCCUCACCGUGUUCUUCACAGUGUUGAUCGGGGCGUUUGCCAUGGGACAGACUUCUCCUAAUGUCCAGGCCUUCGCCAGUGCCCGGGGAGCGGCACACAAAGUCUACAACAUCAUCGACAAUAAACCCCACAUCAACAGCUACUCAGACCACGGCCACAAGCCUGAUGUCAUCAAAGGAAACAUAGAGUUUAACAACAUCCAUUUCACCUACCCCUCACGACCCAACGUCAAAGUGUUGAAUGGAAUGUCUCUGAGCGUGCGUAGUGGCCAGACCAUAGCUCUGGUAGGCAGUAGUGGCUGUGGGAAAAGCACCACCGUUCAGCUGCUGCAGCGGUUCUAUGAUCCACAAGAUGGAUCAGUGUGUGUAGAUGGUCAUGACGUGCGCUCCCUGAACGUGCGCUUCCUGAGAGAGAUGAUUGGCGUUGUCAGUCAGGAGCCCAUCCUGUUUGCUACCACCAUCGCUGAGAACAUCCGCUACGGACGACCUGACGUCACACAUCAGGAGAUAGAACAGGCUGCUAGGGAGGCCAACGCCUACGACUUCAUCAUGACACUACCUGAUAAGUUUGAGACUCUAGUUGGAGACAGAGGAACCCAGAUGAGUGGAGGACAGAAACAGAGGAUCGCUAUCGCACGCGCUCUCGUACGCAACCCUAAGAUCCUCUUGUUGGAUGAGGCUACCUCAGCCCUCGACGCCGAGAGUGAGACCAUCGUACAGGCUGCUUUGGACAAGGUGAGACAGGGUCGUACUACCAUCGUGGUGGCCCAUCGUCUGUCUACUAUCCGUAAUGCUGAUGUCAUCGCAGGCUUCCAGAAGGGAGAGAUCGUAGAGCUGGGAACACACAGCCAACUGAUGGAAAAAGAAGGAGUCUACCACACACUGGUCACCAUGCAGACGUUUAAGAGUCCUGAGGAGGGCAAGGAGGCUGUGGAGGAGCAGGUUCUGGAGGAGAAGAGUCCGUCAGUGACGCCGUUCUCAGAGACCACCCUCAUCAGGAGGAAAUCUACCAAGGGAUCGUCCUUCAUCGGCUCAGAGAAAGGAGACCAGGACAAGACAGAGGUGGAAGAAGAGGAUGAGGAGAUUCCUCCUGUGUCGUUUCUGAAGGUGUUGAAGCUGAACCUUCCUGAGUGGCCCUAUAUGGUGGUUGGUGUGAUCUGUGCCACUAUCAACGGGGGCAUGCAGCCUUUCUUCGCUGUCAUCUUCUCUAAAAUCAUCGCUGUGUUUGCAGAGCAAGACCAGGAACUAGUUAGACAACGCUCCUCGUUCUACUCUAUCGUGUUCGCCCUCAUUGGAGUCGUCUCCUUCAUAACCAUGUUCCUGCAGGGAUUCUGUUUUGGGAAGGCCGGGGAGAUUCUGACCAUGAAGCUGAGACUGAUGGCCUUUAAAGCCAUGAUGAGACAGGAGUUGGGCUGGUAUGACAGUCACAAGAACAGUGUUGGAGCUCUCACCACUAGACUGGCUACAGACGCAGCACAAGUACAGGGGGCUACAGGAGUGCGCUUGGCCACUCUGGCCCAGAACGUGGCUAACCUGGGCACCAGUCUGAUCAUCUCGUUUGUGUACGGCUGGCAGCUGACUCUUCUCAUCCUGUGUGUGGUACCUGUCAUGGCUGUAGCUGGAGGCAUACAGAUGAAGAUGCUCUCUGGUCACGCUGUCAAAGACAAGAAAGAGCUAGAACAGGCUGGCAAGAUUGCCACAGAGGCCAUAGAGAACAUCCGUACGGUGGCAUCUCUCACCAGAGAGCAGAAGUUUGAGUCUCUGUACCAGGAGAACCUCAUAGUGCCUUACAAGAACUCUCAGAAGAAGGCCCAUGUGUAUGGCAUCACAUUCUCCUUCUCUCAGGCCAUGAUCUACUUUGCCUAUGCAGGCUGCUUCCGCUUCGGAGCCUGGCUCAUAGAGGAAGGCAUCAUGACCUUUGAAAAUGUCUUCCUGGUGAUCUCUGCAGUGCUGUACGGAGCCAUGGCAGUAGGAGAGGCCAACUCCUUCACGCCUAACUAUGCCAAAGCCAAGAUAUCAGCAUCCCACCUUAUGUUCCUUAUCAACAGAGAACCUGCCAUAGACAACUGCUCACAGGAGGGAGAAACACCGGACCACUUUGAUGGUAACGUGCGUUUCCAGGGGGUGAGGUUCAACUACCCGUCCCGUCCAGACCUUGCUGUCCUGCAGGGACUGGAGCUGAAGGUGCAGAAGGGCCAGACUCUAGCCCUGGUGGGCAGCAGUGGCUGUGGGAAGAGUACGACCAUACAAUUACUGGAGAGGUUCUACGACCCACUACAGGGCACAGUGAUGUUGGACAACAGUGAUGCUAAGAGGCUGAACAUCCAUUGGCUGAGGGCCCAGAUGGGCAUCGUAUCCCAGGAGCCUGUGCUGUUUGACUGUAGUCUGGCAGAGAACAUCGCCUACGGAGACAACACACGCAAAGUUACCAUGGAGGAGAUCCAGAGUGCUGCUAAAGCUGCCAACAUACACAGCUUCAUAGACGACCUGCCUCAGAAGUAUGACACCCAAGCUGGUGACAAGGGGACCCAGUUGUCAGGAGGACAGAAGCAGCGUAUAGCCAUUGCCAGAGCCAUCCUCCGCAACCCCAAAGUCCUGCUGUUGGACGAGGCCACCUCGGCACUGGAUACAGAGAGCGAGAGGGUGGUGCAGGAGGCCCUAGAUGUGGCUCGACAGGGCAGGACGUGUAUCGUGGUGGCCCACCGCCUUUCCACCAUUCAGAACGCUGACCUGAUCGCUGUCUUCCAGAAGGGAGUGGUGGUGGAGCAGGGCACUCAUCAACAACUACUGUCCCAGAGAGGAGUAUACUACUCACUGGUCACCACACAGCUGGGCCAUGGCAGAAACUGAGGGAGGAUGGGGGGAGGGAGAGGCUGAUAGUGCAGGGGGUUGCUGGGAGGGGCUGAGUGUGCAGGGAGCGGUUGAGGGUGCAGGGGGGUAUUUUGUAUAUAAAAGGAAGAGGUGGUGGUGCUGUAUUUCAGUUAUUUAUUCUAAAAGUAUCACAUCUGUACCAUAGAGUGCCUGUGCCAAAUGAAUACAUGGAACACACACAUAUACAUGUCUGCGCAUUACUGUAAACUGCACAGAACUAAGCCAAUGAGACGCUGAAGCAGUGUGUAUCCUCAACAUUCAGAUUAUUACAUUGAUUUGUUCAAUUGUUUUGGCUUAAAGUAAAACUCUACCCAAAAACUAUAUUUUGGUAUAUAUUUCAUUAGUCCAGGUUAUGUAACUUUCAAUAUACAGAAAUCCUCCCCAUAUGGGGCAGCAGGUAGCCUAGUGAUUAGAGCAUUGGACUAGUAACCGAAAGGUUGCUAGAUUGAAUCCCCGAGCAGACAAGGUAAACAUCUGUCAUUCUGCCCCUGAACAAUGCAGUUAACCCACUGUUCCUAGGCCAUCAUUGUAAAGGAUUUGUUCUUAACUGACUUGCCUAGAUAAAUAAAAUGAUGCAUUUUGCAUCAUAUCAUAGGAAUCAAAAUGCAUCAUACAGGGAUGAUUUCUGUAUUUUGAAAGUUACAUAUCUUGAAAACUUGAGUGCUGACAAGCAAAACAUUUGGGACCAUGUCCACAAUGGACUAAUGAAACAAAUACCAAAAUAUAGUUUUUGGGUGGAGUUUUCCUUUAAAGGCCCAGUGCAGUCAAAAACUAGAUUUCCCUGUGCUUUAUAUAUUUCCACACUAUCAGGUUGGAAUAACACUGUACACAAAAUAACUGCACUACACUGCAUUUGCACUCUGUUCAUCGCAAUGCAUUUAGAUCUAUUCAUACUCAUACUGUAAAAUUGUACAUCCACUGUAUGUCAUCUGUAUACCAACUUACAUAUUUCCAUACUAUGAGAGAAUAAAGGUGAUUCUAAAAUUGUGAACAUUUUAGUGUAAGGAGCUGUUUGAAAAGCCCGCCUGAAAUUUCUGCCUGCUUUGGUGGGAUGGAGUUUUGGCCUGGCUGGUGACAUCACCAGGCAUACAUUGGUUAAUAGACCAAUAGGAAAGAGUCCCAAACUCUCAAUAACAGCUCGUUUUCAGUUUUCCCCUCCCCACUCCGACAGACCUAGCAAAAUUAUUGCUUGAGAAAUUGCUCUUCGCUAAGAAGUACAUUUUUUUUUAUUUUAUUAACCUUUUAAUUGAAAACAAUCACAGUAAGGUACUUAAUUGUUACCCAGAAAUGAUUUGAUAUUGAGAUAAAAACAGCUGCAUUGGCCCUUUAAUGUUGAGAGGAAUUCUUUUUGAAAUGAUCAUGAGAUGUGGCCUUCCAAACGGUCUCUGUGCUAUGCUCAUGCUACUGGAAGUGCCUGAGGUAUUUAAAAAGACCAAAGAGUUCCUGAAUGUUUUGUUUACCUUAACUGUAGGUAAUAUGUUGAGUGAUAUACACACACACACCUGAGGGUUGGGGCUCAAGCACUGACAGUAUAUUGAUACAAACCACUUCCUGUUUCUACGUUGCACUGAAUUAACUGACCUCUGCUUGGGUAUGUACUGUAUGUAUGCAUUACUUUUUUCCUUUUGUAAACAGGUAUCAUUAAUAAACAUGUUUUAUUUGAA